CCGAUGGCUGAAAUCGCUGUUACCGCCGUCAUUGCUGUGCUGACUGAGAAGCUGAUAUCUGGUGACUUGAUGAAUCUCGCUCGAUCUGAAGGGAUCGAUUCUCAACUGAAUGGAAGAAAGAUCUUCCCCUGAUCCAAGCCGUCCUUGCUGAUGCAAGUCAGAAGCACGUAACAGACAGAGCUGUUCAAUUGUGGGUGAAUGAUCUCCAGGAUUUGGCUUUCGAUGUAGAAGAUGUACUUGAUGAUUUGGCCACCGAAGCUAUGCGGCGCAAGUUGAAUCAAGCAGCUCGUACCAGCACCAACACCGGUAAGGUAUUGACGUUCUUCCCAAAUUGUUGUACUAAUUUCAGUCCUCGCAGCAUCAUGUAUGUUCAGAAGAUGAAAUCCAAGCUAGAUGAAAUCACCACCAAAUUGCGUGAUCUUGUUGACCAGAGAAAUGAUUUGGGUUUGAAUGUGAAUGUUGAAAGGUCUUUUAUAUCGGAGAGACGGUUGGAGCAAACUUCUUUGGUUGAUGAGUCCAAAAUCAUGGGUCGGGAAGGGGAUAAAGAGGCUUUGAUGAUGAAGUUGUUGGGGAAUGAAGAAAGUGAUGAAAAUGUGAGCAUAGUGUCAAUAGUUGGUAUGGGUGGAAUAGGAAAAACCACUCUUGCCAAAGUUUUGUACAAUGAGGAUAAAGUGAAGGAUCACUUCGAACUCAGCGUAUGGGUUUGUGUUUCCGAAGAGUUGGAUGUAUUUAACAUUAGCAAGGCUAUCUUCCAAGCAGUAACCGGGAAAAACGAAUCCUUUGCUAAUCUUGAUCUGCUUCAUGUGGCCCUCAAAGAAAAACUUUCAAAGAAGAGGUUCAUGCUUGUUCUAGACGAUGUCUGGAACGAAGACCACAAAAAGUGGGAACUCCUCCAAAGUCCUCUUCUUGUAGGAGCACCUGGAAGUAGAGUUAUCGUCACAACCAGGAGUACCAGGGUUGCAUCCGUGAUGGACUCAGAAGAAACUUACCCUCUGGACGUUUUGUCAAAUGAAGAUGCACUAUCAUUAUUUGCUCUUCAUGCAGUAGGUGAGAAAAACUUUGACAAGCAUCCAACGCUUAAGCUCCUUGGUGAAGGUAUUGUAAAAAAAUGUGGUAAGCUGCCUUUGGCUUUGAAAACGCUUGGGAGGGUUGUGAAGGGAAAUAGAGAUGGCGAUGAAUGGGAGAAGUUGUUGAAGAGCAAGAUAUGGGAUAUAGAGGAUGGUAGUGAGAUUCUUCCUGCUCUAAGACUAAGCUACUAUCAUCUUCCUCCACAUUUGAAGCUCUUGUUUGCAUACUGCUCCUUAAUUCCUAAGGACUAUGUGCUUGACAAGAAUGAAUUAGUCCUACUUUGGAUCGCAGAGGGAUUUUUGUCCCAAUCAAAGUCGAUGGAAAAUUUAGGUCAUCGGUAUUUUGAAGAGCUACUGUCAAGGUCCUUUUUUCAACAUUCAACGAAUGACGAGUUACUGUAUACAAUGCAUGACCUGAUAAAUGACUUGGCCACAAGUGUUGCAGGAGAGUUUUUCUGUAAAUUGGAUGGUGAGAUGAAUAUGUCCGACAUGAAUGAAAAAUUUGAGAAGUUUCGUCACUUUUCUCUUACAGGUCUAGGAUGUGAAUCAUAUGGAAAGCUCAAGGAAUUACAAAGAGCUAAACGCUUGCGGACUUUCUUGCCAUUAUCAGAUUCUUGUAUUGACAGUGUUCUUGUUGGAUCACUUCAUGAACUACAGUUCCUAAGGGUGCUAAGAAUAAGUGGACUGGAAUUCACAGAAGUACCACAAUCCAUUGGUAGUCUUAAGCAUCUAAGAUAUCUUAAUUAUUCGAAUACUGGAAUCACAUGUUUACCAGAACAAGUGAGUGAUCUUUGUAAUCUACAAAGCUUGUUGGUUCAUAACUGUCAUCGGUUAUCUAGCUUGCCAGAAAGUUUUGCAAAGUUAAGAAAUCUGCGACAUCUUGACAUAAGUGAUACUCCAAAGGUGAAUAAGAUGCCGCUAGGGAUUGGUGGGUUGACAAGUCUACAAACUCUAUCCAAGGUCAUUGUUGAAAGAACUAACAGGUUCAAAAUAUCCGAGCUUAAAGGCCUAUCAGAUCUUCAAGGCCAACUUUGCAUUAUGGGGCUAGACAAAGUGAUAAAUCCAAUGCAAGCAAAGGAUGCUAACUUACAUCAAAAGAAUGGUAUUAACAUUUUGGAGAUGAAGUGGAGCCAUGUGUUUAAUGAUUCUCGGAAUGAGAUGAUUGAAUUUGAAGUACUUGAAGAACUAAGGCCUCCUCCAAAGUUAAAAAACCUCAAGAUUUUGAAUUACAAGGGAACACGAUUUCCUAGUUGGGUCGGCGAUCCCUCGUUUGAUCGAUUAACAGAGCUUAAAUUAUGUGGUUGUAGAAGUACACAUUUACCAACACUCGGACAUCUACCAUCUCUUAAGAAGUUGGUUGUUGAAGGGAUGAAAGAGGUGAAGACUGUGGGUUUUGAGUUUGUUGCACCUACAAAUGUUUUUCGUGGCAUUGCUUUUCCAUCGCUUGAAGUUCUGAAAUUUGAUGAUAUGCAAGGUUGGCAGAGAUGGUCAAUUGAUAGUGGCAACAACCAUGGAUCUGCUAGACCAUUUCCUUGUCUCCAUAAGAUUUCUAUAAAAUGUUGUCCAGAACUAGACGAAGUGUCAAUCGGAUCAAUACCUUCACUUCGGGUUUUACAUAUAAGAAAAUGUUCCAAGGAGGUGUUUAAAAGCAUUGUUGGUUUAUCUUCAUCACUUGUUAAAUUAAAAAUGUUGGAUGUUAAAGGACUUACCCAACUACAUGGAGAGGAUUUAGUCCAUCUCGGGGAACUUGAACAUCUUUUUAUAAAAAACUGUGAUGAACUGAGAUACUUGUGGGAACGAGAAUUAGAAGCGUGCAAAAGUCUUGUGAGUUUGCAGAAGUUGGAAGUAUGGAACUGUGAAAAAUUGGUUUCAUCAGCCGAGAAAGAGGUUAAUUUUGGGAUUAGCAUGGAAUCUCUUAAACAGGUGAUGUUUAGUUAUUGUGGCACACUAGAGAGUUACAAUUGUCCAAAUAGUGUUGUGAGGUUGGAGAUCAGCUUUUGUGAUUCAUUCAAAUCCUUGACCUUUUCAAUGGUGCAGGAUCACCCAUCCUCUCAUUCUGAAAAAGUUUCUGGUUUUCACCCCAUGUCUCACCUAACAUCUCUUCAGAUCAGAUUUUGCAAGAAUCUAAAGUCAUUUUCUCACGAGCAUUUUCAGAAUCUCACAUUUUUGGAAGAAAUGUGGAUAUAUCAUUGUCCAAGUAUGGACUACUCCUUUCCUUGUGGGGUUUGGCCUCCUAAUUUAACCAAACUCAGGAUAGGAUGCUUAAAUAAGCCUAUGUCAGAGUGGGGCCCACAGAAUUUCACAACCUCACUAAUUCAAUUACACUUAUAUGGCGAAAAUUCAGGAGUGGUUUCAUUUGCAGUGGCAGAUGAUGUGGGGAAUACUACUACUCCUUCAUCCUCAUCAUCUUUUCUUCUUCCACCAUCUCUGGUUUCUCUAGAGCUCAACGAUUUUAUGGAUGUGGGAUCAUUUUCAGAUGUCUUACAACACCUCUCAUGCCUUAAAAGCCUUGAUAUUGUGUCAUGCCCGAAGAUUAGAGAUCUUAAGACAACUUCUGAGCCAUCAAGAUUGACAAUAAAGGUGUGGGGGUAGAAAAGGUAAAUCUGCUGAAUAUGCAAUAGGAGAUUACAUAGUUGGAGCAGCUGUGCGAGUUACACGGGUAGAAGAAGCAUAUGAUAUCAUAAUCCAUAGGAUGGAGGUAGUAAAAGGUCAUUCAAUUGUAGAGACAAUCAAGGAUAUUGCUUAAUACCAAAUACACUUUCAAAAGUUGGGAUAAAUUGUGGAUGAACCAUGCAAAUAUCAAUAUACAACUUCGUAUACUAUUUUUGCUUGGGAUGUUAUUUGUAAAUGGGUUGUUUUAAAAUACAUUUUACACAAAAAUAUGUUCUCUUUAU